CCAGGCAGUUCUGUGCGUGUUCACUGUUUAGUAGUACUCAAAACUGCCAGUGUGAGAGGAUUUGGAAAUCACGGGAUCUGCUCAAUACAAAAAUGUUUUUUCGAGUCUUUCUCCAUUUUAUCAGGAGUCAUUCUGCCACUGCAGUGGAUUUCCUUCCUGUGAUAGUGCACCGGCUCCCAGUUUUCAAAAGGUACAUGGGAAAUACUCCUCAGAAAAAAGCCGUCUUUGGGCAGUGUCGGGGUCUGCCAUGUGUUGCACCACUGCUGACCACAGUGGAAGAGGCUCCACGGGGCAUCUCUGCUCGAGUCUGGGGACAUUUUCCUAAGUGGCUCAAUGGCUCUCUACUUCGAAUUGGACCUGGGAAAUUCGAGUUUGGGAAGGAUAAGUACAAUCAUUGGUUUGAUGGGAUGGCGCUGCUUCACCAGUUCAGAAUGGCAAAGGGCACAGUGACAUACAGGAGCAAGUUUCUACAGAGUGAUACAUAUAAGGCCAACAGUGCUAAAAACCGAAUUGUGAUCUCAGAAUUUGGCACACUGGCUCUCCCGGAUCCAUGCAAGAAUGUUUUUGAACGUUUCAUGUCCAGGUUUGAGCUGCCUGGUAAAGCUGCAGCCAUGACUGACAACACUAAUGUCAACUAUGUGCGGUACAAGGGUGAUUACUACCUCUGCACUGAGACCAACUUUAUGAAUAAAGUGGACAUUGAAACUCUGGAAAAAACAGAAAAGGUAGAUUGGAGCAAGUUUAUUGCUGUGAAUGGAGCAACUGCACAUCCUCAUUAUGACCCGGAUGGAACAGCAUACAAUAUGGGGAACUCCUAUGGGCCAUAUGGUUUCUCCUAUAAGGUUAUUCGGGUUCCUCCAGAGAAGGUGGACCUUGGGGAGACAAUCCAUGGAGCCCAGGUGAUAUGUUCUAUUGCUUCUACAGAGAAAGGGAAACCUUCUUACUACCAUAGCUUUGGAAUGACAAGGAACUAUAUAAUUUUCAUUGAACAACCUCUAAAGAUGAACCUGUGGAAAAUUGCCACUUCUAAAAUUCGGGGAAAGGCCUUUUCAGAUGGGAUAAGCUGGGAACCCCAGUGUAAUACGCGGUUUCAUGUGGUGGAAAAACGCACUGGACAGCUCCUUCCAGGGAGAUACUACAGCAAACCUUUUGUUACAUUUCAUCAAAUCAAUGCCUUUGAGGACCAGGGCUGUGUUAUAAUUGAUUUGUGCUGUCAAGAUAAUGGAAGAACCCUAGAAGUUUACCAGUUACAGAAUCUCAGGAAGGCUGGGGAAGGGCUUGAUCAGGUCCAUAAUUCAGCAGCCAAAUCUUUCCCUCGAAGGUUUGUUUUGCCUUUAAAUGUCAGUUUGAAUGCCCCUGAGGGAGACAACCUGAGUCCAUUGUCCUAUACUUCAGCCAGUGCUGUGAAACAGGCUGAUGGAACGAUCUGGUGCUCUCAUGAAAAUCUACAUCAGGAGGACCUAGAAAAGGAAGGAGGCAUUGAAUUUCCUCAGAUCUACUAUGAUCGAUUCAGUGGCAAAAAGUAUCAUUUCUUUUAUGGCUGUGGCUUUCGGCAUUUAGUGGGGGAUUCUCUGAUCAAGGUUGAUGUGGUGAAUAAGACACUGAAGGUUUGGAGAGAAGAUGGCUUUUAUCCCUCAGAACCUGUUUUUGUUCCAGCACCAGGAACCAAUGAAGAAGAUGGUGGGGUUAUUCUUUCUGUGGUGAUCACUCCCAACCAGAAUGAAAACAAUUUUCUCCUAGUUUUGGAUGCCAAGAACUUUGAAGAGCUGGGCCGAGCAGAGGUACCUGUGCAGAUGCCUUAUGGGUUCCAUGGUACCUUCAUACCCAUCUGAUGGGACAACCACAAGGAAACUUUUCCAAGUCUGUUAUUAAUCAGUGACUUGCCCUGCUUUUCAUCAUAUACAGUGAUGAUUUUUCUCAUAUAGAGUGGAGCUGUCCUCUCCAGUACCUGGAACAAUGCCAGCCACAUAGUAGAUGCCCAAUAAAUAUUUAGUGAAAGAGUGAAUGGAAGCAAGAGGUGACAUGAUUCUGGGAACUGUGUGUAGUUUGGUUACUCUUGUGAGUAGAUGUGAGGAAACAAGAUCCUUUCACUCUCAAUGUGUCUACACUGGCAGAAGAAUUGCUAAUAUGUGUUUAGGGGUGUCUGUAUUCACACUAUGCCAACCCAGAGUAAUAAAUGGGUCCAUACAUGCUUGUGGAUAAGAAUGGCUUUAGAAUUUCCCUUAGUAAGAAUCAUUACACAACAGUCCAAAGGACUGUUGUCACGUGGUCCUAUUUGUGCUCUCAAAUUCUUGCUCUUUAAAAAUUUUUUUUAAAGAAACCGUAUUAAUCCUAAGCAAAAAGAACAAAGCUGGAGGCAUCACUCUACCUGACUUCAAACUAUACUACAAGGCUACAGUAACAAAAACAGCAUGGUAUGGGUACCAAAACAGAUAUAUACACCAACGGAACACAACAGAGGCCUCAGAAAUAACACCACACAUCUACAACCAUCUGAUCUUAGACAAACCUGAUAAAAACAAGAAAUGGGGAAAGGAUUCCCUAUUAAAUAAAUGGUGCUGGGAAAACUGGCUAGCCAUAUGUAGAAAGCUGAAACUGGAUCCCUUCCUUACACCUUACACAAAAAUUAACUCAAGAUGGAUUAAAGACUUAAAUAUCAGACCGAAAACCAUAAAAACCCUAGAAGAAAGCCUAGGCAAUGCCAUUCAGGACAUAGGCAUGGGCAAGGACUUCAUGACUACAACACCAAAAGCAAUGGCAACAAAAGCCAAAAUAGACAAAUGGGAUCUAAUUAAACUAAAGAGCUUCUGUACGGCAAAAGAAUCUACCAUCAGAGUGAACAGGCAACCUACAGAAUGGGAGAAAAUUUUUGCAAUCUACCCAUCUGACAAAGGGCUAAUAUCCAGAAUCUACAAAGAACUUAAACAAAUUUAUAAGAAAAAAAAUCAAACAACCCCAUCAAAAAGUGGGCAAAGCAUAUGAACAGACACUUCUCAAAAGAAGACAUUUCUGCAGCCAACAGACACAUGAAAAAAUGCUCAUCAUCACUGGCCAUCAGAGAAAUGCCAGUCAAAACCACAAUGAGAUACCAUUUCACACCAGUUAGAAUGGCGAUCAUUAAAAAGUCGGGAAACAACAGAUGUUGGAGAGGAUGUGGAGAAAUAGGAAUGCUCUUACACUGUUGGUGGGAGUGUAAAUGAGUUCAACCAUUGUGGAAGACAGUGUGACGAUUCCUCAAGGAUCUAGAACUAGAAAUAUCAUUUGACCCAGCCAUCCCAUUACUGGGUAUAUACCCAAAGGAUUAUAAAUCAUGCUACUAUAAAGACACAUGCACCUGUAUGUUUAUUGUGGCACUAUUCACAAUUGCAAAGACUUGGAACCAAUCCAAAUGUCCAUCAAUGAUAGACUGGAUUAAGAAAAUGUGGCACAUGUACACCAUGGACUACUACGCAGCCAUAAAAACGAUGAAUUCAUGUCCUUUGCAGGGACAUGGAUGAAGCUGGAAACCAUCAUUCUCAGCAAACUAUCACAAGGACAGAAAACCAAACACUGCAUGUUCUCACCCAUAGGUGGGAAUCAAACAAUGAGAACACAUGGACACAGGGUGAGGAACAUCACACACCGGUGCCUGUCAGGGAGUAGGGGGCUGGGGGAGGGAUAGCAUUAGGAGAAAUACCUAAUGUAAAUGACGAGUUGAUGGGUGCAGCAAACCAACAUAACACAUGUAUACCUAUGUAACAAACCUGCACGUUGUGCACAUGUACCCUAGAACUUAAAGUAUAAUA